GUCAGGAGCUGGCCUGGAGCGAACGUCUGAAGGAAUCUCCAAACUUUUGCACUAGUAUUUAGUUUGUUUGCCUUUCCCUUUCACCUCGUUUGUAGUUCGACCAACGUAAAAAUAGCGACUCACUUCAGUCGGCGAUGAAGUGGGUGUUACCGGGGACCUGGAGAAAGGAAACAUGAGAGGGGGAAAAGUUGUGGAAUGAUGCCUGAGCGACUGCAUCCCUCCCUCCAAACUUCAGCUAAGGUGGCUAAAUUGGAGGAACUCAGCACAUUUAUAUCCACUGCGACACGGUGUUCUUGCCAUUACCCAAAGCCAAAGGGGUUGCGUCUUGGAUGAAGAGCUCUACAAUGAAGGUGACGGUGACAUUUGGGCAGACUGGUGUGGUUGUGCCCUGCAAGGAAGGAUGGACAGUGAGGGACCUCAUUCAACAAGCCACACAGAGAUACAGGAAACUACUGGAACAGGAAGGGGAAUUCCUUGUACGGACACACCACGUUGAAUACUGUGAUGGGGGCAUUCUGGACCCUGAUGACAUACUGAGUGAUCUGGUAGAGGACAAGGACAAGCUGAUGGCUGUGUACGAGGAACAGGAAGCCCAGAGGGAUGCGGCAAACACAAGCCCCGCUCCCAGCUCUGACCGCUACCAGUCUGAGCUGUCUGUCUUCCAGCCAAUCACAGGAGGGGAGAUUGAAGUCAAUUCAUCAGCUCUCAAAUCAAACACUCCCCUGCUGGUGAGAAGCAGCAGUGAUUCAGCACUUGGACCUCAGUCAGCAAAGCUGGAUCCCUCCUGCCGUGAAGAUACCUUUGUGAUUGCAGCAAGUCCUACUGUUGAGCAGCCCAACGUUAAACAUACUUUCAACGACAGCCUGACCAGAACAGUGGAGAUCCUCGGAGGCGACUGUCCAUUGGGCAUCCACGUGGUUCCUUACUGCUCAUCUCUCAGUGGACGGUCUCUUGGUUUGUACAUCCGUGGAGUGGAGGCGGAAAGCCGCUCGAGUAAGGAGGGUUUGUUUCGGGAAGAUGAGUGCAUCGUGAAGAUCAAUAGCACCGACCUCAUGGACAAGACCUUUAGCCAAGCUCAAGAAAUCUUCCGGCAGGCAAUGCACUCCCCGGUUGUUUUCGUGGAAGUACUUCCUUCAUCCAACAGAGAAAACUUUGAGAAGAGCGUCAUAGGUCAGCUGUUGAGCAACAGUGCCGAUCCUGACGACAGUCCCCGAAUUCCCCAAACCAAAGAACCUCCUCCACUUGUCAAAUCCAAACCUGUGUUCAAGCAUCCUGAGAGCCCUGCUGUGAGAGUGGCUGAAGACGCUGCCGCUUUGGAAGCUGCUAGUCCUCAAGGGAGGGAUGAAACCUCACUUUCUGAAAAAAGUCCCACUCUGUCCAGCCUGACGGCCAGUAAGACAGGAGGACGCAGAUUGAGAAUUGACCUUAAGAAAGGUUCGGAGGGUCUUGGCUUUACGGUGGUAACCAGAGAUUCUUCAGUCCAUGGUCCUGGGCCAAUUCUUGUCAAAAACAUUCUCCCACGUGGGGCCGCUGUUAAAGAUGGACGUUUGCAAUCAGGAGACCGCAUAUUAGAGGUAAACGGCGUGGAUAUAACGGGUGUCGGCCAAGAGGAGUUGGUGUGCAUGCUGCGCAGCACGCGGCAUGGAGAGAGUGUUUGUCUUGUGGUUCUACGGCAAGAAGAUAUGUUUCUCCCCCGCGAGAUGAAAGAUGAUAGGUCCCGUGACACGGGCUUCAUUUUGGAGAAUGGAAAAGAACAGCUCAUGUUCGAGGUGCCCCUCAAUGACACUGGCUCAGCGGGGCUCGGUGUUAGCCUCAAAGGAAACAAGUCAAGGGAAACCGGGGAAGACCUAGGAAUUUUCAUCAAAUCCAUUAUUCACGGAGGGGCAGCAUACAAGGAUGGACGUCUGCGUGUCAAUGACCAGCUGGUAGCCGUGAACGGGGAAUCUCUGCUUGGACACUCUAAUCAUGUUGCCAUGGAGACACUCCGCCGUUCGAUGUCACAUGAGGGAAAUGUCAGAGGGACCAUCCAACUUGUGGUGAUGAGAGUUCUGAAGUACAAGUGGAGUAAAAGUGAAACACAACAUGGCUUUUCCCCAAAUUGCACAUUUGACAACUCCGCUAUCCUGGCUGACCUUAUGAACCAAGUGAAUGGUCCCAUAGGACUGGUUUGUCAGACUAACGACCACACACCCCCUCCCACGGUGAACAGCACACUUCAUACACAUGAGGGAACAUCUUCUCACAUGGAUGAGGAGGCAGAGCAGAGUGGACAUGACACAGAAUCAAGAAGCUCCGCAAAUUUCUCCUACCUACAGGAAAGGGAAAGCCCAGCACAUCAGUUUCCAUCCCAGUAUGACAACCAGCAGCAGUUCCAGCAUGUAAAAGCCUCCAAGAGUAUGGACUUGGGCACGACUCCGAACCAGCUGCACACUGUUGCAGAUGCGAGCGCUGGAGGAGCCAUGCUUGGAAACACAUCAGCUCCAUCGAUCGCCAUCGGACUCGGCCCUACUCUCGGCUUGAAAAAGUCCUGUUCGCUGGAGAGUCUGCAAACCGCCAUGUCGGACGUCAACAGAAAAAAUGAACACCUACCUUUUCACCGUCCUCGUCCCAAUAUAGUCAGAGGAAGAGGUUGCAACGAGAGCUUCAGGGCAGCUAUUGAUAAAUCCUAUGAUGGGCCACCCGAAGAUGAUGAUGAUGCAUCAGAGCAAAGUUCAGGACGGGAUACACCAGCAAGCACCUCAUCACGCCAAGGGGCAGGGGAUCUGGUGGAGGAAAAACCAAAAGCAGACAAGAAAAAGAAAGUGAAAAUCAAGAAAAAGGAUAAGAACAAAGGCAAAGGAAAAGAAAAAGAGAAGAAAAAAUCCGAGGAGUCAGAGGAGACAGAAAAGAAGUCGAAGAAAAUAGGCUUCGGCCUGCUGAGAUUUGGAAAAAAAAAGGAGGACAAGAAGGAGGCCAAGGCAGAUUUGCAGUAUCAGAAGUCUGACAUUAAGACUCAUGUGGAAUUGGAAAGGUUGAAAGAAGAGCGGGAGAGAAUUGAAGCUGCCCAUCCCGAGCUGUGUGAGCAAGACUCCCGAGGUCAACAAGUUGAAGGUGUCAGAUCCACAUAUCCAGAUGUUGAAGAUGAUGACGCAGACCCCAAUUAUGCCCGAAUACAGUCCUUUAAGGAUCGUGAUAUGGUUUCAACACCACAGCUUCAGUCGUUUCCACAUAGUAUGGUUCAGCAUGGCCAUGUCAGGACCCCUUCUCCACAGAUCCCAUUAAACUUUCAAGGGCAGGCCAAUCAUAGUAAUGACCCCGGAGUCAUACCUGAUGAAGACCAUGUUGAUGGACUUUAUGCAAAGGUCAACAAACCAAAAGCAGCUGGGACUGCAUCAGCGACUGUGUCCGCAACUUCUAAUGAUAGCAAUAUGGACAGGAUCCAGCAGCUAAGAAAAGAAUACCAUCAGGCCAAGAGAGAGGGAAUAGUGCCCCCAUAUGAGGAACUGGACCCACGACGCAGAAGGCAUGACAAGGACAGGAUUCCAGGCAGAGGGAAAGAUCAGCGAAUGGUGCCACAAUAUGAAGAGGCAGAGCGUCAGUAUGCCUCCCUGCCAAGACGAGGUCCAUUGGAUCCAGCUGAGUACACCAUGCAUCCCUGGUCAGGUCAUUACAUCGGCGCUCCCCAGGCUCCACAAGGUUACCACAAGGCCCCGUCCUACCCUCACCCCAACUCUCAGUCCCCUCCAUCAUUCUCCAGCUACCCCCCCAGCCAGCCAUAUUCACGGCCAGGGGAACCUCGGGGAAUUGACUCUGGUUUUUACCCCCACCCAAGCUCCCAGCAGAGAGGACCCUUGCGGCACGAUGUGCCCCCAUCCCCUACCCCUCCACUUCGGGGACUACGGUACGACACGAUAACCCGCGGCACUGCUGGGGGAGGAGGUUACAGGCACCUUGUGGACCCCGGUCCUGACCAGUAUGUCUACAGUGGCGAGAGUGGCAGACGGAAAGAUCAACACCAAACCAACUCAAGACAGAAGAAUGCCAUGACUGCAGCUGUGUAGAUUUACAUCAAUUACAACUAGUACAAUUCCAACUGCUUUGAUGAGAAACAGAAAUCGACCGUCAUACCGGUGGAAUUCAAAUCACCGGCCUUAUCAAACACAGCCUGCUGUUUGAAGUUAAGUAACAAAGGUUAAUUGUAGACUGUGAUGCACAAUAUCAUGUUGUUUGAAGGCACUUAAUUGCCUCCCUUGUCAUUAUCACAUUAAUGAACCACACGUUUAAACGUCGCUUUCCAGACACGAUGGAAAUAUCAGUCAGUUUGCUGGUUAGAUCGCCCCUUUGGUCACAAAUGUACAGCCCUUCAUGCGACAUAAACCCAGUCUACUAUUUGAGCUUUUUGAAAUACUAAACACACACGCUUAGUUUUUGUUUUGAAAGACAUCAACUAUUUAAAAAAAAAAUCUUUUAUCUCAAUAUCUCUCGUGAUAUGACUUCUUAAACAUUUCACAAGUUUUUACCACUUUUUAAUUUGAGGAUUGAUUAAUGAGCUAAUUUUAAUUGAGUUAUUUUUUCUUCUUUGAAACUUGAAUCAUCUCCAUGGCAGUAUGAUAACUUCAGUUCCAUUUUUGCCGUUCCACUUAACCUGUGACGAUAAACCUGUGUUAAUUAUCACUGACAGAUGGUCUAAUUGUAUUUGUCAACACCACUUUGGAAAAGCUCUGUUAUAAACGUCCAACAGCAGUUUAUGCAGUCAACACAGUUGACCAAUUUAAUGAACAAUUAAUUCAUUUUAUUCUAUACUGUAUUAGUGUUUUCAGCUCGAUAUAAUAUUUUAAACAUGUACCUUAACGUGUAAUCGUACUGUCUAAACAAGACAGAGAAAUAGAAUGUAUGUUGAUGGAAAAUGUUCUUUGUCAUGUUAAUCAGGAUCCUACUUGCACAUCUCUCUGGCACGGUGAUGUGUUCAAGUGCGCACAUGGUUGGAAACAGGAACUGCGUUGGAAAGUCCACUUAGUGCACCAUUGAACCACUUACUGAACCAUCACUUCAGUGUACUAAGGCCACGUCCACACGAACACAGGUAUUUUCAAAAAUGCACAUUUGCCCCCGUCCGGUGUAAGGAUAAUCUCCAGCCAUACAGUGGCGUCUCUAAACUAUUUCUGUCUACACGAAUACGCAUUCACACGCUGUCAUGCACAUGCCAAAGUAAUGGCAGCGCUGCGGCCAUUGACUGUUAAUCGGAAGCUUUGAUGACGUCAUUUCCAUUGACGCACAAUAAAAAACAUGGCGAUUCACAUGAGAUGCUACGUGUGGACUGCUAUUAAGUAGCAUUACUUUUCAGUAGUUUAUUUCACAUUUAAACAUAAAACGGAAAAUGUAUGAAACAUGUUGUUUAUUCAAAUGUAGCAGAUGUUGAUUAUCACUUCCAUGCUGUGAAGUGUGGUUAAUUAUAUCAGUCAAGACUGGACUCCUCGGCUGUGACGCCGUGACGUCAAUAAUUCUGUGCUUCCUUGUUUAAUUGUCUCCACGACGGUAAUUAUGUAGCACAAAACAGGCAUAUAUAACAGGAAACCUUUCAAUGUGCGAGCGAAGCAACUCAGUCAAAUGCAAUCACUAUGCCCUUGCCAGGCGGACAUUCUCACGCCAUUCUUCCCAGAUAACGACAUGCUUGUCAAAGUUGUCCCACCAGCUAGAGGUCUGAUCGGGUCUUGUCCUGAAUCGCAGUCGCUGGCGGGAGCAUCGUAGCCGUUUUAGUUUUAGAGAGCAAAACAACAGCAGCAGCAGCGUCCUCGGAAGUCCAUUAUGGCACCUUUGUCGGUGUUAAGCGAAGGUAGGCAUAUGUUUACUUUUAUACACCCUAAAAGUCAUUUCAGUAUGCGUAAAACCAGUAAUGUAACGUUUGCCAUUGGACACGUUCAAUUGUACCUGUUAGUGUGGAAAUGACGGCACAUAAUUGUUACGUCAUCUGUCGGCAACAAGCCAAAAGCUCCGUCUUCGCCGUCCACAUGCAUACUGAGCUGUCCAAAAUCUUCACCCUGGCCGGAGUUUUACAAAGGCUCACUUUUAAGGACAAAACCUACGUUUGCGAGUGGAUGGAAGGCCAAAACUAUGCGUUUUUUGAAAAAUCCGUAUUCGUGUGGAGUUGUAACUCGUGUUUCCUAGUUUAGCAGCAUUCAUUUCAUUGGGAUUUAAUGCAUUUCACAAUCAGAUAAAUUGCUUUUCUCGUCAUGAAGAUAUGCACACCAUGGGACCUUCUCUCAAAGCAGCUGCAUCUCCUCAUGUAAAAGAAAAAUAAAAAAUACGGUACAGAUGAUGGAUACGGCAACAUAAAAGAUAAUAUAGAGUUUGAAUGCAGUAAGGAUGGAAAGGAAGGGACUUUGAAAAGAACAAAUGUGGGAAAAAGGUUGAAGUGAGAAGAUGCAGUACAAGAAUAAUGAAUGUGACUCGGAGGUUUGAUUCAGAGUUGAGCGUAAAACACGGACGUGCAGCUCUGCAGUGGGAGGAAUACACUUUUAGUGCCAAGGUGAAUAACGUCACUGCUGCUGAAAAAUGUGUUGCAGUAUGACAGUGUGAGCAUGGAGUGUGUGAGAGAGCAAAUGAUCCAAUGUGUUCAAAUGUGGAGAGGAUAGAAGAGGAGCUACACUUAACAGAGAUGUGAACGUUACAAAGAGUCGCAUUAGCAUUACUAGUCAUUUUUAUACUAUAUAUGUAACUCUUCUCCAGCAAUGAUUUUUUUUUUUUUUUUACACAUUUCUUUUAAUGAAUGUUUCUGGUUGUUUGGAGCUUCAGCGUGUUUAAGAGACGCCGCCAUGCUGCUAUUACUUCAUGCACCCUUCUUCUAAGAAUCACAGCAUACUUUCACACACUAAUAGUUGUGGGAAACUUGACUCCUUUUAUUGAUUCGAGUUCGUACGAGUCACUCACGGAAGUGAAUACGGAUACCCGAUCACUCAAGUCACUCGUCACAAAGCACAUGCACGGAAACUCGCAUAUGCGCCACGAGUUGCACACAUGAGUCGGUGAAACCUGAGUCUUCUCGAGAUUUCGUUGAGCACCUGUGAUUCACUGAAACUUGAGUCUUUGGCAAGCACACGUGAGUCACUGAAACGCCAGUGUUCCUCAACCCACAAGUCAGUGAACCUUGAGUCUGCAGCGGGCACCCGUGAGUCAGUGAACGCUGAGUAUGCGUCGAGCACCCGUGAGUCAGUGAAAUCUUCAUCGAGUACCCGUGACUCUGUGAAACUCAAAUUUUCAUCGAGCACCUAUGAGGCAGUGAAAGUCUGUCGAGUACCCGUGAGUCAGUGAAAGUCAAGUCUUCUUCAAGUACACAUAAGUCAGUGAAAUUCAAGUCUUCGCCGAUCACCUUUGAAUCAGAGAACCUUGAGUCUUCGUCAAUCCAUGAGUCAGUGAAACUCGAGUCAUCGUCAACAUUUAGGUCAGUGAAACUCGAUUCUUUGAUGAUCACCUGUGAAUCAAUGGAAUCCGUGUCUUUGUCGAGCAGCCAUGAGUCAGUGAAAGCAAAGUCUUUGUCGACCUCUCAUGAGUCAGUGACCCUCGAGUCUCCAUCAACCCGUAGGUCAGUGAAACCUGAGUCUUCGACAAUCACCUGUGAAUCAUCGAAACUCAUGUCUUCGUCGAGCACCUGUGAGUCAGUGAAACCCGAGUCUUUGUCGAGCUCCCGUGAGUCAGUGAAAAGUUUGUCUUUGUCAAGUACCCUUGACUCAGUGAUACUCGAGUCUUCGUAAACCUUUGAGUCAGUGAGACCAGAGUCUUUGUCGAGCUCCAAAAAGCCAUUGAAACUCGAGUCUUCGUCAUCCAAAAAAGGACCCAUGAGUCAGUGAAACUCGUGUCUUCGCAGUUAGAGUAACACUUGCAGAAUUAUUCACAUGUUAACCUGUUUUCUCUUUUAAUUUAGCUAGCGGUAGCACGGGUAAGUUAACAGUUAACAGAGAUGAGUACUCUUGAGUCCCAAUUUAGUAACAAAAACUUGCGAGGAGUUAACCACUUGCUCAUGACUUGCACAUCUCUACUGGCUAAGCUUUUCCAAAAAGACUGACCAAGAGUGUAUCACAGCAUGGCUACGUUUAAGGCUGUGUAGGCGUGUUCGUUGGUUUGCUUGAUAGAAGCUGAAGGUACAUACUAGAGUCUUCUAUUGGAAGACUUCUGGUUUUCAACUUAUGAAGGAACAAAUUAAUUUUGUCUCUUUUGUAGAAGUUUAACCUUUUUAUGAACUGUGAUGUAUUCAAAGUCAAUUAUCAUAACCCCAAUUUUUAUUACCGUUCAACAUUUUAUAUCCAUGUAUAUAACAUGUUUUGCUAUUAAAAAUGUUCAACAACGCUUUGGCGAGAAUGUCAUCAUUUAGAAUGGUCUGUGCUUCCUUUCUACGCUCCAGCCUCUGCUCUACUCAUCUGUUAAGGUUAAUUAAGCGUGAGUCGGGAGACAUGAUUUCCUUGCAUAUUCUACGAGGUGAGUCCAAUUUAGUCUUUGAGUCGCAGCUGAUAAGUUGCCUCUUUUGUGAUGAGCAAUAGAUGUUGGCCCUAAAUUAAAGUACAGAUAAUUAUCAGUUCGAAAAAAGUACAUCAGGCAGCCCAAACUUUGGA